AUGCAUUUUUCCGUGGCCCAGCUGCUCGUGGCUUUGCUGACGACAACUCCCGUCAAGCAAAUGACGGCAACAGCGGCGGUAGGGGUGGAUCAGAACCAGUUCGCGAUCCCGUGCGUGAUGGACUAUGUCGGAUGCGUCGCAAUCCCAAACUUCAACGAUGUGUUCUCCCGUCUUAUCGGCAAUUCCAAUAUGGAACCUAGGCAAUGUCAAAGAUUCUGCGCCGGCCUAAAUGCAACGCAAUUCACAGGCGAACUGCGGUGGCGAAAAUGGCAGGCUCAACCUGUACAAGGUGGCUGCUACUACUGUGUGCACGACAGCCUCUACGACAACGACUUCUUCGACGACCUCUUUGCCAGCCUCCCCGACUACCUCAACUUCGCCGAUCUAGUCAGCUUCAUCAGUAGUCCCUGGAACGCCUCCUAUAUUAGUGCCAGCUCCUCUCGCGCCAUUCAAAUACAUAGGCUGCGGAGGCCUUGA